AUGGGAACUUCAAUUCCACAACCAAUAGUAGCAUUUCUAAUCUUGUCAGCCAUUGUUACAGUCCUCUUAGUUCCUUCAGCUUCUGGUUCAUCAUCAUCAGCUCAUGAGAAGUUUAUUCAUUGCCUGUCAACUCAUGCUUCUCCUUCUCAUCCAAUCUCCACAGCCAUUUUCACACCUCGAAACACUUCUUACUCCACUGUUCUACAAAACUACAUAAGAAACCUAAGAUUCAACACCUCAACUACACCUAAACCCUUCCUAAUCGUCACUGCAUUGCAUGAAUCUCACGUUCGAGCUGCCAUUCUCUGCGGCCAGAAGUAUGACUUGCAGAUGAAAAUCAGAAGCGGCGGACACGAUUACGAGGGCACAUCUUACGUGGCCUCCGUUCCUUUCUUCGUCCUCGACAUGUUUAAUCUUAGAGAGUGCAGAGAAGAGCAGAAUUCAUGGGUUCCAGCUGGUGUUUGCCCUACUGUGGGCGUCGGAGGACAUUUUGGUGGAGCUGGGUAUGGUAAUAUGAUGAGGAAAUAUGGGUUGACUGUUGAUAAUAUAGUUGAUGCAAAAAUGGUGGAUGUGAAGGGGAGAAUUCUAGACAGAAAAUCCAUGGGGGAAGAUCUCUUCUGGGCUAUUACUGGUAGGUAG